GCGGGCCGGGCAGUGCGCCUGUGCGGCGGCCGCGGGGCGCCGCGGAGCGAAACGAAGCGCCGAACCGAGUCGGUGGGGGCCGACGGCCGGAGGAAGAUGGCGGAGCCGGGGGCGGCGCGGGGCUCCCCGCGGGCGGCAGCUAUUGAUGGAUUUCUCAAAACUGAUGAAAGACAAAGACUAGCAAAGGAACGAAGAGAAGAAAGGGAGAAAUAUCUUGCUGCUAGGGAACAGCAGAUACUAGAGAAGGAGAGAAGAGCAAAGCUUCAAUAUGAAAAGCAAGUGGAGGAACGGUGGAGGAGACUGGAGGAGCAGAGGCAGAGGGAGGAGCAGAAGAGAGCAGCUGUUGAAGAAAAGCGGAGACAAAAGCUUAAAGAGGAGGAGGAACGUUUAGAAGCCAUGAUGCGUCGGUCCCUUGAACGCAGCCAGCAGCUGGAACAGAAGCAGAAGCGAUGGUCGUGGGGAGGAGCACUGGCUGCAGGCUCAGGAGGGAGAGAUGCAUGUGACAAACUUUCAGCUUCUACAAUGAACCUGCCAAAGCAAAUGGAAUCGCCAAUCAGUAAGCGCCUCUCCUCCUCCACAGCGGCAAUAACACAUUCCCCCGACAGAGCACCAGCUAGUCCUCUAAAAUCUCCCUACAAGCCUUCCCCCACCCGAAGCACAGACAGGAAGAAAGCGACUUCACCCUCCACUUCUGAUGCCGGGAAAGGGGCGGCUGCAGGUGAAGUGACUCAGACUGAGAAAAUAAAGAAAGAGAAGCGAUCCACCACGCCUGGUUCAUCAUCUGGAAUGGGAUCUCCUCUCAGAAGGUCUGAUUCUCCUGCUGCUAUGUCCAGAAGAUCCGCCUCACCUGCCACACCUAAGACAGUUGCAAAGACUUAUCCUCAGUCUCCUAAAAAUGCCAAACAAUAUCCAGCUUCUCCUGUGAAGCAUCGUGCCACUUCUAAUCUCAACCAGGAAACUCCUAAAAAGAAAGCAGAUAAAGAGAAGGAAAAUGUCAGUCAUCAAAAAUCCCCAGGAGCACGCACUGAAGAGGCAGGCCAGGUGGCUCCUGAAAAGCCUGCUGCAGGAAAGUCAGAAAGUAGUGAAGGAAAGAUCACAGCAGGAACAACGGAUGCAGAAGAAGCUUCAAAAAUUCUAGCUGAAAAAAGACGACAGGCCCGCCUCCAAAAGGAACAAGAGGAGAAGGAGAGACAGGAGCGAGAAGAACGGGAGAGGUAUCCUCACUGAUUCGUGAAAGUUACUAGCUAAUAAUAUAACCUGCAUCACAGGAGCUGCUUCAAAAUGGUAUCUUCAGAAUCAAUACAGAAGCUUACAUUUAAAAGCUUGAAAGAAGAAGCAGCUAGGAAAAGGGCAGAAGAGGAAGCCAAGAGGAGAGCUGAGGAAGAACAAAUGCUGAAAGAAAAGCAAGAAAAAGAGCUCCAAGCCAAACUUGAGAAACAGAGGGAAGAAGCAGAAAUCAAAGCCCGUGAGGCAGCUGAGCAACUUCGUCUUGAAAGGGAACAAAUCAUGCAGCAAAUUGAGCAAGAAAGACUGGAACGGAAGAAGAGAAUAGAUGAAAUAAUGAAGAGGACAAGGAGGAGUGAAACACCAGAAAUAAAGAAGGAAGAGCCAAAACUGGAGAUACCAUCAACUUUGAAUGUGGAAAAGCAACCAAAACCCCUUGUUCUUAACCAGCCAGAGAUCAAUGGGCUGGCAACUUGCCUGAAAAGUAAAAGCUUAGAGAGUGAUGCUUCUGUAGUACCUACUCAAGAUGUAGUUGCUAAUGGUCUAAAGUCAGUCCCAGGACUUGUUCAGCUGGAAGCCGUAGAUGGGAAAUCUAACAGCAUGGAAGAUUCUGCGGAUGAGGUUCAGUCUAUGGAUGUGAGCCCUGUUUCAAAAGAAGAACUUAUCUCUAUCCCUGAAUAUUCACCCAUGAAUGAACUCAUGCCCGGUGUUUCUUUCGACCAAAAUGGGACAAGUAAUGCCAAGGCUCUUGAAGAUCUCUUGGAUUUCACAGGCCCAACUUAUUCCAAGACGUCCAGUGAUACUAUUAGCAUUGAUGACUGUAACAAAAACUUGAUUGAGGGAUUUAACAGUCCAGGACAGGAAAAUACACUUAAUUCAAUCUGUUGACAACCUCGCUUUUCAACACAGUAGAUAAAGAGGUAGCAGUCUGUGGAGGAUGUACGUCCUUGUGACACUACUGGCGGUAAAACAUGAACUUGUCACUUGAAAAAGCUUCUGCAGUCCUGAACACUGGAUUUCAAAUAAUCAGAGCUGAAUAGAACUUUGUCUUCCCAGGGAAUAUGUUGACUAACUGGCUGCUUUUGGUGGAAUACAGUGAUGUAGAACCUGGAUGGCUUCAGGGAAGACUGAAUAUGUAUUAGAAUUUGAGCUUUAGCUGCUAGUGAAGCACUUAUUUAUUUUUUUUUUCUUUUAAUUCAAAAUGCAUCUGAACACCUCACUGUGAUUUUUCCUUGUGCAUUUAAUUUUAAGAUCAUUCCUCCUUAAUUUUGUCAUGCAUCCAUUUAGCCAUCUUUUUAUUGUAAAUAGCGAUGAAGUUUGCCCACAGUGCACUGAAAAGAAAUAAUACGCUAUACUUUGGUUCUGUGCCUAUCUCUUUUUUUUUGUUUUUAAUAAGGAAUUAUUGGCAGCUUUUAUGCAGAUGUGUAAUUCAAAGCUAUAGCUGAAAAGGCUUAAAACUUGAUAAUUACUGAGAGUGAAAGAACUUUCCUACUGACUGCGGGGUGUGGAGUUACCUUGUAAUGGUGAUGUUGACAGUUUUAGUCACUGGUGGCACUUACUGGUUAAUAUUAAUAGUCCUGGAGUGAUUAUGAAUUGUGUGUUUAAAAACAUACCUGUGUAACACCUGUAAACAAUGCAGGCACAAUGCCAAGUAUAAUCCCUUAAUAUAUUGUAGUAUAACUGUAGUAGAUGCAAGUGAGUAUGUUGGGGGGGUCAGGUAACACGAUAACCUUGGGAGAUGCAGACACUUGUUUAAUACCAGCAGUCUUUCUGUCAUGUGCAGGAGUGUUUUGUCUUCCUUACAGGCUCAACAAAACAAGAUACGGUCGGCAGCAAAAUAAUAUAUGGAAGUUGCAGCAGAAAUACAAGGGCUGGGGAGACAAACAGCAAGCACUGCUAGCCUACUUAAUAUCUUAUAAGCAUCUGUAUGGGAAAAUCCACAUCGAGCUGUAUCGUGUGUAGACAUUACGUGCCAUACAGUGUUAACUUUAUUUCUGUUGGUAACCUACCAUAACUAUAUGCUAGAUGAUGCGCUGCUUUAAGGACACUUUUGUCCAGUUCCUUAUAAAAAUAAAUGAUAAAUACUGCUGUCUUUGGAAACUGACAAAAAAAAAAAAAAAAAAAAUGGAAACAUGGCUUGUUUGGUUAUUAUUAUUAAUUUUGUUUUUACAAAUAGGGGAGUUCCAAGUGUAGCUUGAACUCAGUUGUAAACCCAUUCUUGUGCUCUUUGAAGCCCGCAAUGGGGAAGUAACCAAUGAAAUCACGUGCAAUGUAUAAAGAAAGCAUUCCUACGGCAAUCUGGCUAUUUAUGUUGGUGUACUUCAGAAAAAGUCAUUUCUUUUGACUGUGCAGUAAGCUGUAGCAUGGUACCGUGUCUUCCAAUUUAGUCCUACCUUUAUUUCUGAAAUAAAAAAACCCAACAAAACCAAA